CUUACACGAUCAGGUGGUAGCUCCUGUGGUCUUGCGCCUCAGAGCCUGUGCCGUGUCGAUGUGAUGACGAAGCUGAGCCUGGCCUUGAAACAGGAAAAUGCCCUGAGCUGUCUUUGCCGUGCCCUUCCGUCCGCAUGGCCCAAGCUCCGCAAAGCCUCCAAGAUCUACAUGUGGCGCUUGGACGAGCUAAAGCUGCACACCACGCAGCAAGCCCUUAUUGAGGAGCUGAACCUGGUCUUCGCGGACCUCUUCGAUCUUUGUGAACGUGGGGACGCGGAGAGCGUGUGGAUUCUUUUGUCCCAGGGAAUGAGUGUGAAGCAGCGGGAUCCUGAAGGGGCGACUUUACUUCAGAAGGCCACGCACAGCGGCUCUACCACUAUCCUCAAGCUUAUCGUGGAGAAGGGCGGCAUCCUUAACGCGAAAGGCUCCUAUGGCUACACUCCCCUACAUGAGGCUUGCUACCUGGGCGUCCCAGAGGUUUGCGAGCUCCUGCUGUCCGUGAAGGCCAACGUGGAUGCGCUGAGCAAGAAUGGCUCUACGCCUCUCCUGGUUGCAGCCCGCGAAGGCCGCACAGCAAUCUGCGAGUCCCUGCUCAAGCACAACGCUGAUGCAGAUGAUGGCGGCGAUAAGGGAUGGACACCGCUCUCCGUUGCGGCCGGCGAAGGCCACGCGGAAGUUUGCGAGAUUCUCCUCAAGUACAAUGCCAAUGUGCAUGGCUUCUCGCACGACGGCCGUAAUGAGCGAUCUGCCUUACAGGAGGCGGCAGAACAGGGCCACGCCACUGUUGUGAGCCUCCUCCUUGAGAACAAGGCUGACGUUCACCACACUUUCGACGAGGGUGGCGGCCAAAACAGGCGAUGGACAGCCGCAGAGCUUGCAGAAAGAGCUGGACAUGGCAAGAUUGCGAACAUGCUCAUGUCUCAG